CGAAGAUGGUAAAGAAGUCACUAUCGCAGCAUUCACAAGGAUCAUGGCAAAACUUUCUAGUAAUUCAACAAUAUCCGCGGAUGUGCAAUUUUUAUCGGUCGAUGGUGCAGACCCGUUUGCCUUAGUGGGAGGCAACAUAGAUGCAAAGCUAGCUUUGGAAGAAAGCCUCUGUCUAGAGUCUAGAAAGCGGAAGUUACUCUCUUCUUUUGAUCUUUCUGCACCAAGCGGUGUUUUGCUUUACGGGCCUCCAGGUACCGGCAAGACAUUGCUGGCCAAAGCGGUAGCCCGGAUGCUUCGCUCGAGAGGUUCACAAGCAUCCUCAAUUGGGGGAGCCUUCAUUUCUUUAAGUAUCAGUGACAUCGUAUUAUCUGAAAUUGGUUCGAGUGAGAAGCUGGUUUUAUCUUCAUUUGAGACUGCACGAUUGAACGCACCAGCUGUCGUGUUUAUCGAUGAGUUCCAGGCUUUGUUUACAGAGCGGAGCAACAGCGGAAGUGGCCGGCUCUCGAGUACCCUACUUCAGUGUAUGGAUGAUAUCAAACACUGGAGGGAGCUAGAUUCAAAAGUAUCUACCAAUACAGAAGAAGAAAACGAGAGGCGAGUGGUUGUUUUGGCAGCGACAAAUACCCCGUGGAUGAUCGACUCGGCAUUUUUGCGGCCAGGUCGCUUUGAUCGAUUAGUGAAGGUGGACUUGCCCUCGAUGGAAGAUCGUGUGGCCAUCAUGCAGCUUUAUAUGAAAGGCAUGAAAAUGGAACAAAACGAGGAAGCGUAUUUUAUACAGAACCUUGCCUUUCAAGUUGCGGAAGUCACGGAAGGGUUCAGCGGUGCAGAUCUCGCUGCUCUCUGCAGAGGUGCGGCUAUUAGGUGCCUCAUGGAG